GUAACUACGAUCUCGACGGAACUGCUCAAAUCAUAGGGUUGAAGCAAUGGAUGUUGAUUCCUCGAUGGUGCCGGAGGCUAAUCACGAUCCGGCGGCGCAAAACCACACGGCGGAAAGGGAGCAGCAGCAGCAGUUAAGGGAGUCUCCAUCGCCUACGUCGUCGCCGCCGACUUCAUCCUCCGUCGACGGGUCUCCGACGCAUUCGCCGGCGAAUCAUCAGCAGCUGCAGGCGGCAGCUCAGGUGCAGCAGAGUCCGGUGGUUGGUCCGAGGUUGGCGCCAACUUACUCGGUGGUUGACGCGAUUCUGGAGAAAAAGGAGGACGGUCCAGGGCCAAGGUGUGGCCACACGCUGACGGCGGUGGCUGCGGUUGGAGAAGAAGGCACACCAGGGUACAUUGGUCCGCGGUUGAUUCUGUUUGGCGGUGCCACCGCUCUGGAAGGGAAUUCCGCAGCGUCAGGAGCUCCUGCUUCUCCUGGAAAUGCUGGCAUACGUUUAGCUGGUGCGACAGCUGAUGUCCACUGUUAUGACGUCUUAACUAAGAAAUGGUCUAGGAUAACUCCUUUUGGAGAGCCUCCAACCCCAAGAGCUGCACAUGUGGCGACUGCUGUGGGAACAAUGGUAGUUAUUCAGGGUGGCAUUGGUCCAGCUGGUUUGUCAGCUGAGGACCUUCAUGUUCUUGAUCUGACACAACAACGGCCACGAUGGCAUAGGGUUAAUGUUCCAGGACCUGGACCAGGGCCACGUUAUGGACAUGUUAUGGCUUUGGUGGGGCAGCGGUAUCUCAUGGCAAUUGGAGGCAAUGAUGGAAAGAGACCUUUAGCCGAUGUAUGGGCCUUAGACACAGCAGCCAAGCCUUAUGAAUGGCGCAAGUUGGAGCCCGAAGGAGAGGGUCCGCCUCCAUGCAUGUAUGCAACUGCAAGUGCACGCUCUGAUGGGCUGCUUCUGCUUUGUGGAGGGCGAGACGCCAAUAGUAUUCCACUAGCUAGUGCAUAUGGACUUGCUAAGCAUAGGGACGGUCGUUGGGAGUGGGCAAUUGCUCCUGGUGUCUCACCAUCUCCAAGAUAUCAGCAUGCAGCGGUAUUUGUUAAUGCAAGGCUCCACGUGUCUGGUGGGGCUCUUGGUGGAGGACGGAUGGUAGAAGACUCAUCAAGUGUUGCAGUGUUGGACACUGCCGCUGGUGUAUGGUGUGAUACAAAAUCUGUUGUUACCAGCCCAAGAACAGGUAAAUUCAGUGCUGAUGCAGCUGGUGGUGAUGCCUCAGUUGAGUUGACACGGCGUUGCAGACAUGCAGCUGCUGCUAUUGGUGACCUAAUUUAUAUUUAUGGUGGAUUACGUGGUGGGGUCUUGCUGGAUGACCUACUUGUUGCUGAAGAUCUUGCUGCUGCUGAAACAACACCUGCUGCUUCACAUGCUGCUGCGGCAGCAGCUGCAUCUAAUGCACAAGUUGGACGAUUACCUGGAAGAUAUGGAUUUGUUGAUGACAGGACAAGGCAAAAUAUGCCGGAAGCAGCUGCUGAUGGUUCAGUUGUUUUGGGUAACCCGGUUGCUGCCCCUGUAAAUGGUGACAUGUACAGUGAUAUCAGCACUGAAAAUGCCAUGCUUCAGGGACCUAGGCGAACUACCAAAGGAGUUGAGUAUCUGGUUGAAGCAUCAGCUGCAGAAGCAGAAGCUAUCAGUGCCACGCUGGCAGCGGCAAAAGCACGGCAGGAGAAUGGAGAAGUUGAGUUGCCUGACAGAGAUCGUACAGCUGAGGCUACCCCUAGUGGCAAACAAAUAUCUUCUCUGAUUAAGCCUGAUUCUGCAGGAGCAAAUAACAUCACUCCUGGUGGAGUUAGACUGCAUCACAGAGCUGUGGUGGUUGCUGCUGAGACUGGUGGAGCAUUAGGUGGCAUGGUUAGACAGCUUUCCAUUGAUCAGUUUGAAAAUGAAGGCAGACGGGUUAGUUAUGGGACUCCAGAAAGUGCAACUGCUGCUAGAAAAUUAUUAGAUCGGCAGAUGUCUAUCAACAGUGUCCCAAAGAAGGUCAUAGCACAUCUGUUGAAGCCCCGUGGCUGGAAACCACCAGUUCGCCGGCAGUUUUUCUUAGAUUGCAAUGAACUUGCGGAUCUUUGUGAUAGUGCAGAGCGUAUAUUUUCAAGUGAACCAACUGUCUUACAACUUAGGGCACCAAUUAAAAUAUUUGGUGAUUUACAUGGGCAAUUUGGGGAUCUUAUGCGGCUCUUUGAUGAGUAUGGAGCUCCGUCAACUGCUGGUGACAUAGCAUAUAUCGAUUAUCUAUUUCUUGGAGAUUAUGUUGAUAGGGGCCAACACAGCUUGGAAACUAUAACCCUUUUGCUUGCUCUGAAGGUUGAGUAUCCUAGCAAUGUACAUUUGAUACGCGGAAAUCAUGAAGCUGCAGAUAUUAAUGCCCUUUUUGGUUUCCGGAUUGAGUGCAUUGAGCGAAUGGUAAUGAAUUUCUUCUGCAGGACGAUGAUUUUUCAUUAUUAUUUGAUACCUCAACUAACAUUUUAUUUUUCUGAUCAGGGUGAGAGAGAUGGUAUUUGGGCAUGGCAUCGGAUAAACCGUCUGUUUAAUUGGCUUCCUCUGGCUGCUCUAAUUGAGAAAAAAAUUAUUUGCAUGCAUGGGGGUAUUGGUCGCUCAAUAAAUCAUUUGGAACAGAUUCAAAAUAUUCAGCGUCCAAUUACGAUGGAAGCAGGAUCGAUUGUACUUAUGGAUCUGUUGUGGUCUGAUCCUACAGAGAAUGACAGUGUGGAAGGGCUGCGGCCAAAUGCUAGAGGUCCAGGUUUAGUUACUUUUGGGCCGGACCGUGUGAUGGAAUUUUGCAACAACAAUGAUCUUCAGCUGAUUGUUCGAGCACAUGAAUGUGUUAUGGAUGGCUUUGAGCGUUUUGCCCAGGGGCAUCUGAUCACUCUUUUUUCAGCUACAAACUACUGUGGUACUGCAAAUAAUGCUGGGGCAAUAUUAGUUUUAGGUAGAGAUCUUGUGGUGGUUCCUAAAUUGAUCCACCCAUUACCACCUGCAAUUUCUUCACCCGAAACAUCACCGGAGCGUCAUAUUGAAGAUACAUGGAUGCAGGAAUUGAAUGCCAACAGACCACCGACACCAACUAGAGGCCGUCCUCAAGUAACAAAUGACCGGGGUUCUCGGGGUACCCGAGCUCGUGGUCUCAAACCCUGCAGAAAGCAUGAAGGCGUUCGUAUGUACACUCAAUCAGCAUUCAUCCCUCCUUUCUGUGAUUAGAAGAAACCACGAUGGCCACACAGCUUUGUCCAUUUUGACUGGGAUAGUGGUUAUCCGGGUUCACCCACUGUUGUAAAUUGAGGCUUAGGUACAGAAUCAAGGUCAGUAUUGUCAUGGAUUUUGUCGGUGUUGCCUAUUUUUGUCACCAAGAGGACUGGAAGGUUUUCUAAUUUUUUUUGUUAUUUUCUUUUCCUGUGAUGGUGAGAUAUAUCAGAAAUAUUUCUUGGGGGUCGCGUCUUGUAUCAUAGGUAUGGCUUAUCCAUACUCUGUACAAUUAAUUUUUGUGUGAAACUCAGGAAUAUGUGAAUUUUGGUUAUAGAAUUUUAAUAUUCUUGUGCUCCAAAAUGGCUUUUGCG